AUGCCGGCGUUCUCCAAUAAGCCGAUCGGACGGCCACAAUCGACGUUUGGGACGAUCCUUGCUCGUCUUACGCCACAGGUUAGACGUCAUCCGGUGUUAAUGUUUGGACUUCCAUUCGUAUUAACAAUUGUGGCCAGCUCAUUUGGAUUAUCGUAUAUGACGCAAACCAGAUAUGACUACAAUGCAUCCAAAGUCAGGAGUAUGUCGAAGGAGGAAGAACUUGGAAUGCGAAAAGAUCGAAGAAAGAUUGAUAUUCGGGAAGAAUAUUAUAGACUACAAGCGAAAGAUUCGGAAGUAGACGAUUGGGAGCCAAAACGAAUCCCUCGUCCGGAUGGUGUAGAAGAGCCACUAGCACCGCGAUCGCGAAAACUGUUUGCAGAUGGUCCACCAAUGCAGCAAGAAUCUGACGAUGCAGAUGAGAAGCCCUCAACUUCAAAUCGUAAGAAUGUCAUCCUUGGACCAGAUGGUAAGCCAUGUCGAGCAUGUAAUAGCAAAUUAGCCUUUUCCGCUGCUCUAAAAGUUGGCAAGAAGCCUGCCACAGCAUCAAGCACAAAGAAGGCUGCAUCAGAACAGAUUGAAUGCCCGCCUGAUGGAGAAAUGAUCGGACAAUCUACUUGGACUUUCUUACAUAGUGCAGCAGCUUAUUAUCCGAAUUCGCCAAGUGAGAUUCAACAAAAGUCUAUGCUAUCACUCAUUCAAUCGCUACCACAUCUCUAUCCAUGUCACUCAUGUGCCGGAGCGUUGGGUGAAGAAUUGGAAAGGGAAAUCAAAGAGAAACGGUCUUGGGAAGGCGGAGAGAUACUACAACAAGCCGUUCGAACAGGACCGGGUUUGCGAAAAUGGCUUUGUGGUGUUCAUAACGAAACAAAUGCUCGGUUAGGCAAACCGACUUGGACGUGUAGCGAAGAAAAACUGCAGCAUAGGUGGAAGGAUGGUCCACCGGAUGGGCGAUGUGAUUGA